AUGUUAGGAGAUUUCAAUGGAUGGGUAGGAGUGAAGCGUGAUGGAUAUGAAAAUGUGCUUGGAACGUUUGGAGAUGAAAGAGUGAACGAUAAUGGAAAGUGUCUGCUCGAAGUAUGUUUGGAGUGGAAUCUUUUAGUGACAAACACCAUGUUUCAACACAAAAAGAUCCACAUGUAUACAAGAGCAGAAGGAAGUUUAAGGAGUAUGAUAGAUUUUGUAAUAGUGGAUGAAAGAUUAGGAAAAAAGGUGCUUGACACGAGAGCAUACUGCGGAGUUGGUAUCGACACCGACCACUUUCUGGUGGUUAGCCGAAUAGGUGGUCUUUUUACAAGGUGGCGGUAUCGAGUGAAGAAACCUGUUAGUGUGCUAGAACGAAUAAAAGUUGAGAAUUUGCAGAAGACAGAUGUGAAAAAUGAAUAUGUGAGUAAACUGAUUGAAAGGUUUGAUGGACUAGACGAAGUAUGUAGGAUUGAAGAUUUAUGGAAGCUAUUUAAGGAAGGAAUGGUAGAGGUCGCUACUGAUAUGUGUGAAGUAUCCAAAAGGAAAAAAGGGCUGAAGACGAGGAAUGUUUGUUUGGAUGAAGAUGUCCGAAAUGUUCUGUCUGAUAAGAAGAAAGCGUGGUUAGAUUGGUUAUCUAUGAAAGCUAAUGAAAGAAUACAAAAGGCAACGAAAGAGGAUAUAAACGUAGCAAGGAAAGAGUAUAAAAGAAUAAAAGAUAUAGCGAAAGAUGUUGUGGGAAGGAAGAAAGAGUGCCAGAAAGACGAGUUUGACAGGAGAUUAUCUGAUGACUUUCAAAGCAACAUUAAGUGGUUUUGGAAGUCCUUAAGAACAGCUAGAGGCAAAACCACAACCUCGCAACUGCAAAAAAUCAGAGGCCACGAUGGCAGUAUAGUGAAAGGAGAAGAAUGCGUAUUAAAGAGAUGGAAGGAGUAUUGA